ACCUCCAGACGAUAGAGAGAGCCCGUGUGUGAAGAUGCGUUGAGUCCAGAGCAUUUAUUUUAAUUUUGAGGUGUACAAAGGAUAAUUCUUUGUUAUUGAAGCAUUAUUUGACGUGUGUUGUAUUACAUGCUCAGUAUAUAUUUUAUAAGUUGAGUUGUGUGGCCUAUGAACUUUACAUUUCUCUUCUAUUAGUUAUUUUAAAAUUGGCCGUGUACUGUAUUUCAAUUUCAAUUUAACUAUGACUUUAUCACAUUGCUGUAGCAUGUUAAAUGUUACCAGAAACUUGUUACCUUUAUGUGGCAAGAUUUCAAAACAAGUGUCAAUGCGUACAUCACAUACAUAUUCUAGUCAAUGCUCAGAUGCUGUGGACCUGUCAUUCCAAAGCUAUGACUCAGGAUCCCAACUUGAUCAAGAUGUACCCAUUUAUAUUAUGCAUGGAUUGCUUGGAUCGAAGUCAAACUGGAAUUUCUUGUCCAAGUCCAUUCACUUGAAGACACAAAGAAAAAUCAUCAACACUGAUGCCCGGAACCAUGGGGACAGUCCUCACUCUGAGCAAAUGGAUUAUGCUGUCAUGGCCCAGGAUGUCACAAAGCUCAUCACUGACCUAAAGCACAACAAGGUCACUCUGAUGGGCCACAGCAUGGGAGGGAAGACUAUGAUGACCAUUGCACUGAACAAUCCCUCGCUGGUCUCCAGUCUGGUGGUGGUGGACAUCGCCCCGGGCACCCGGCCGCGGGCCUCGUCCGACAUCCCUGGCAUUCUGGAGGCGCUCUCCAGGGUGCAGGUGACGCCCGGCCGGCCGCAGUGGGCCGUCAGGAAGGAAGCCGACGCCCAGAUCGCAGACGCCAUACCGGACCGGUACCUGCGACAGUUCCUGCUGACCAACCUGGUGGUGGAUGGAGACGGGGGCGCCGCCCGCUGGCGCGUCAACCUGCCGGUGCUGCAGCGGGCCCUGCCGACCCUGGCGGCCUUCAGCGUCCCGCCGGGCGCCACCUAUCCCGGGCCGACCCUGUUUGUCGGCGGAGAGAACUCGGCCUACAUCGAUCCGGCCGAGAAGGACAACAUCCGCCGGUUGUUUCCGGCCGCCGAGUUCGUCUGGAUACCCGGAGCCGGACACUGGGUCCACUCCGAGAAGCCACAGGAGUUUCUGGAGGUCGUCUGUCCGUUCCUGGCGGCGUGAUACAGCCGCGGGAGUUUACCUGGAGUUCUCACCCGACUUCGCUCGCACACGGAAUAACCUCGGUUAGUCCUUCUCUGGGUCGGAGGCCGCUCCGAUCCACGCCCUUUCAACCACGCCCGGGGAUCACCCGAAUAGUCCCGCUCUGUCACUUUCUCUCCCCCUCCCCCUCUCCUUCCCUCUUCUGAGCCUCCCGGAUAUCCCAUGUGGCGGACCGUCCCGGGGGGCUGCCCUCACAUCUCGCGUGCCGCCGAGACCGAGCGGCGGCCGGCACUUCGUGGGGCUUUGGUGCCCCUGAGACCAUGGCGUCGGUGGCACCACCCGAACCCUGGCUUAGCCGAGCCGACGGGCCACGGCACAUUGUUAGCCCGUAUCGGACAUGCCGGUUCGCCGGAACGCCCGGCCGACCGGUCUGGCAUUGCGUGCAGCGCGCUCCAUUUCUUUGUGACGGGCCUCGAUGGCCUUGGAUCGGGCAGUGAGCAUAUGCCCACGACAGUUGUCCGCCAGUCCAGCGGCGGCUAAUGGUUUCAAAAAGAACCACACGAUGUGGAUCGUGGCUCAUGCGGCGAGCGUUUCCAGCUUGUUGUUUGGUCGGUGGACCUCGCAGGUGUCGCUUGAUCGUCGUUUUCCGAUCACAUACAUGGCUGAUAGAGGGAAAGGCACGGUCGGUUAGCGUUGUACUCGGCUGUUGAAGCGGUCGCAGUACCGAAUCACUGCCCUGUGAGGCCGGGCAGUCCAAGGUUGGAUGAGUCAAUGCGUGAUGUGCUUAGAUAGUCUUAUUUGUUUUAGUUGGACGUCUCUGACUAAUUGCAGAAACCUUUCCUCGUACCUUUGACGUCAAUUACAAGUUUGAUGUCAUAAUAUCAUAUGGCGUAGGUCUAAUAAGGUGCCUUGCGGCUUGUUUCGUCUCUUGAUCAGUACCAGGUAGCGCUAAGUGCGCAGCUCCCUUCCGGAAGUGGUUUGAAAAGUGGCCUGGCGAAAGUUGUGCACUGAUUCAUGCAUGGGCCAAUGUCACCUGUGACGUCGCUUCCCACAAAGUACAGCGCACAGCUCAUCAGCUCAUUUACAAUGUCUUCCGCCUACUUUCAUCUGUUUACUUCCUUUGCACUAAUCAUUUGGAACACUUUACCGGUAUUAUUCAGGGCAAGAGACGUGCAAUCGACCUUUGAGUGGAAGCGACAUUUAGGUGCGGUGAUUUGUGGCGUACCCGUCCGUUUGAAAAUAUGAUCCGAACUCCUUUGAACAUUGUGUUUUUAAUGCAUCUAAGCCAUGCAUUUUAUUCUACUCAUUGCGACACUGCUUAUGUUCUGCUUCAGUUUUGGAGAAGCCAAUAUCCUCUGAUUCUGUUUUACUUAUGGGCAUUCAAAUUGUGAUCUUUUAGGGUCGUGAUGAGAUGACGCUGAUUACCUUUUGGAUUGUAGGAAGUUGCCACGAAAUAAAUCGAGUGAAAUAUA